AUGUGUAUGCGGGCCUCCGGAGGUGCCAAGGUGUGGGAGCAUCUGCCUACUCUGGACAUUUCAUACGUGGAAUUAGACACUGGUCUUUUACGGCUGGUACCCUUGUACUGUCUGAUGAGCGUGAAAGGUUGUUUCACUGACUUCCACAUCGACUUUGGAGGCACUUCCGUUUGGUACCAUGUUUUCCGGGGUGGGAAGAUCUUUUGGCUGAUUCCUCCAACCUUGCACAAUUUGGCACUGUACGAGGAGUGGGUGCUGUCAGGCAAACAGAGCGACAUCUUCCUGGGAGACCGUGUGGAGCGAUGCCAAAGAAUUGAGCUGAAACAGGGCUACACGUUUUUCAUCCCUUCCGGCUGGAUCCAUGCAGUCUACACCCCCGUAGACUCUCUGGUGUUCGGCGGAAACAUUCUGCACAGCUUCAACGUGCCCAUGCAGCUGCGGAUCUACGAGAUCGAGGACAGAACGCGGGUGCAGCCCAAAUUCCGUUACCCCUUCUACUAUGAGAUGUGCUGGUAUGUCUUGGAGAGAUACGUGUACUGUGUGACCCAGCGGUCCUACCUCACUCAGGAAUACCAGAGAGAAUCAAUGCUUAUUGAUGCCCCAAGAAAGCCCAGCAUAGACGGCUUCUCAUCUGAUUCCUGGCUGGAGAUGGAGGAGGAGUCCUGUGAGCAGCAGCCCCAGGAGGAGGAGAAGGAGGAGGAGGGGGAGGAAGAGGAGGAGGGUGCAGAUAAGAUGCCCAAAGCUCCCACCGAUGGCCCUGCCUCGCCCACCAGCACCCCUUCCGAGGACCAGGAGGCCCCUGGGAAGAAGCCCAAAGCCCCUGCCAUGCGGUUCCUCAAAAGGACUUUGUCAAAUGAGUCAGAAGACAGCGUGAAGUCCGCCACGGUGCCCAUAGACUACCCCAAGACGCCCACCGGCUCUCCCGCCACCGAGGUCUCUGCCAAAUGGACCCACCUCACCGAGUUUGAACUGAAGGGCCUGAAAGCUCUGGUGGAGAAACUUGAAUCCCUCCCGGAGAACAAGAAGUGUGUUCCUGAGGGCAUCGAGGACCCCCAGGCACUCCUGGAGGGUGUGAAGAAUGUCCUGAAGGAGCACGCGGAUGACGACCCCAGUCUGGCCAUCACUGGGGUCCCUGUAGUCACUUGGCCAAAGAAGACUCCAAAGGGCUUUCCUGGUGGCGCAGUGGUUAAGAAUACACCUGCCAAUGCAGGCGACACGCCAGUGCUGCCCCACACUGCCGUGUGUCUGGUGUGUGGCGAGGCAGGAAAAGAGGACACGGUGGAAGAGGAAGAAGGCAAGUUUAACCUCAUGCUCAUGGAGUGCUCCAUCUGCAACGAAAUCAUCCACCCUGGAUGCCUUAAGAUUAAGGAGUCAGAGGGCGUGGUCAACGAUGAGCUUCCAAACUGCUGGGAGUGUCCAAAGUGUAACCACGCCGGCAAGACCGGGAAACAAAAGCGUGGCCCUGGCUUUAAGUACGCCUCAAACCUGCCCGGCUCCCUGCUCAAGGAGCAGAAGAUGAACCGGGACAACAAGGAGGGGCAGGAGCCCGCCAAGCGGAGGGCUGAGUGUGAGGAGGCGCCCCGGCGCAGGUCAGACGAGCACCCCAAGAAGGUGCCCCCUGACGGCAUCCUGCGCCGAAAGCCCGACGACGUGCACCUGAGGAGGAAGCGGAAAUACGAGAAGCCCCAGGAGCUGAGUGGACGCAAGCGAGCCUCGACGCUUCAAACGUCCCCCGGUUCCUCCUCUCACCUCUCGCCGAGGCCCCCUCUAGGCAGCAGCCUCAGCCCCUGGUGGAGAUCCAGUCUCACUUACUUCCAGCAGCAGCUAAAACCCGGCAAAGAAGAUAAGCUUUUCAGGAAAAAGCGGCGGUCCUGGAAGAACGCUGAGGACCGAAUGGCUCUGGCCAACAAGCCUCUCAGGCGCUUCAAGCAGGAGCCGGAGGACGACCUGCCCGAGGCGCCCCCCAAGACGAGGGAGAGCGACCACUCCCGCUCCAGCUCCCCCACCGCUGGCCCCAGCACGGAGGGGGCGGAGGGCCCCGAGGAGAAGAGGAAGGUGAAGAUGCGCCGGAAGCGGCGACUCCCCAACAAGGAGCUGAGCAAGGAGCUAAGCAAGGAGCUCAACCAGGAGAUCCAGAAGACGGAGAGCAGCCUGGCCCACGAGAACCACCAGCCCAUCAAGUCGGAGCCUGAGAGCGAGAACGAGGAGCCCAAGCGGCCCCUGGGCCUCUGUGAGCGCCCUCCCCGCUUCAGCAAGGGGCCCAACGGCACCCCCCGGGAGCUGCGGCACCAGCUGGGGCCCGGCCUGCGCAGCCCACCCCGAGUCAUCUCCCGGCCCCCUCCCUCCGUGUCCCCGCCCAAGUGCAUCCAGAUGGAGCGACAUGUGAUCCGGCCGCCCCCCAUCAGCCCCCCGCCCGACUCGCUGCCCCUGGAUGAUGGGGCGGCCCACGUUAUGCACAGGGAGGUGUGGAUGGCCGUCUUCAGCUACCUCAGCCACCAAGACCUGUGUGUCUGCAUGCGGGUCUGCAGGACCUGGAACCGCUGGUGCUGUGAUAAGCGGUUAUGGACCCGCAUCGACCUGAACCACUGCAAGUCCAUCACACCCCUGAUGCUGAGCGGCAUCAUCCGGCGACAGCCUGUCUCCCUGGACCUCGGCUGGACCAAUAUCUCCAAGAAACAGCUGAGCUGGCUCAUCAACCGCUUGCCUGGGCUCCGAGACUUGGUGCUGUCAGGCUGCUCAUGGAUCGCAGUCUCAGCCCUCUGUAGCUCCAGUUGUCCGCUGCUCCGGACCCUGGAUGUCCAGUGGGUAGAAGGACUAAAGGACGCCCAGAUGCGGGAUCUCCUGUCCCCGCCUACAGAUAACAGGCCAGGUCAGAUGGACAAUCGGAGUAAGCUCCGGAACAUUGUGGAGCUGCGUCUGGCCGGCCUGGACAUCACAGACGCCUCCCUGCGGCUUAUCAUUCGCCACAUGCCCCUGCUCUCCAAGCUCCACCUUAGUUACUGUAACCACGUGACUGACCAGUCCAUCAACCUGCUCACCGCUGUGGGCACCACCACCCGAGACUCCUUAACCGAAAUCAACCUGUCAGACUGCAAUAAGGUCACUGACCAGUGCCUGUCCUUCUUCAAACGGUGUGGGAAUAUCUGUCAUAUUGACCUGAGGUACUGCAAGCAAGUUACCAAGGAAGGCUGUGAGCAGUUCAUAGCUGAAAUGUCUGUUAGCGUCCAGUUCGGGCAAGUGGAAGAAAAACUCCUGCAAAAACUGAGUUAGUCCAAGGACAAGUAUGUACAUAUGGGGUGGGUGAGGGGAGGGGACGCGGCAGGGGAGGGUAAAGACGUUACAAAAACUAGGGCUUUUAUUUUCAAUUUGGAACUUGGAACAACAGACCGCAGAACGAUUCCAUUUUGCAAGUCUCGCUGAGGGAGAAGCCAGUCCGCCACCGUUUUGGGGAUGAGUGAGUCAGGCGCUUUCCUUUGGUCUUUCUGAAUCAAAACUGCACUGCUUUCUGGACCAUUUCUAAGGCAGCCUUUACCAAGAAGACAUUCCUGUCGGAGAGGAGGAUGGACUUGGGAGAAAUUCUCUUACUGGAAGCAUGAGCUUAGGAAUUUUUUUUUUUUGGUGGUGGUGGUUUUUGUUUUGGACACCUUAUUCCUGGCAACUUUGGGGUUUUUGGUGUCAACAUAAAAUGGACCACACACCAGAGCUGCCAUCUUGACAUGUUUGUUUGUUUGGUUUUGUUACAUCUUACAUUAUGCAGAACUAUUUUUGUACAAAUUGUUUAAAAGUUAUUUAUGCAAGGUUUGAAUGCAUACCAGUGUUUUUAUUGUUUUGAGAUUGCCAACUUUCCUGGUUUCCUUAAGGUAGGAGAGAACUUAACCUGUACUUCAUACGAAUCCAUCGACACACGUGCCCAGAUCUGACAAAACAGGCUAAGACCUUCCAGUUAAAAGCAUGUCUAACUGGAAGUUGAGAGCCUGCUUUGUAUGUCAAGAAGUUACAUAAGCAUGUUGUGGCUAUGUGUAAAUUAUAGUCAAAGUGACACACUUUGCUAAAUUUCCUCUGUAUAGAAUUCACCUUUUCUCAAAAUUUUAAAAUUCAGACUUCAGCCUUUGAACUCAGGAGGGUUUUGCUCCCGCAUAUGAGCUCUUGUACUCUACAUAGAUCUAAUUUAUACAGUGAGUCAAGAAGUUGAAUAAAUGAUCCAACAUAGCCUUUCUUUUCCUUUUUUCUCUCCUUUGAAGUGUGAGUUGAGUUCUCGUUUAAGGUUUAUAACACGGCUGUUUCCUAGUUGAAAAGUUAUGCAUUCAUAAGUGCCAUUGUUGUAAGGUGGUGUUUUCCUAGACCUUCCCUGACGCGGUUUUACCUUUGUUGAAUUUGUAUAAACAACUGUACAAAAAAAACCACUCUUGGACUUGGAGGGUUUCUGUUCUAGGGGUGGACUAGAAAUUGGACUAGCAAGUCCAGAGGCAGUAGUCUCGACGCCAGUGUAUACUAUUUUGAAGCCAAACGAGGUACAAUUUCUUAUUCAUCUGAGAAAUGCGGCAGGCCCUUGGUACGUGUUUUUUCCGUCUUCACAAAGAGCUCUUGCUGUUUGUAGCUAAUAAAGGUAACGGGAAAGAACUGUGCUACACCAAUGUCCGUGUGUAAGAAUUAGGUACGAACUGCCUUAAGGGGCAGAGGGU